CUAAUUUCACGCGGGAAAUUUGAAUUUCUUUUUAUUUAAUUAAAGUUUAUUAGAGUAUAUAAUGUAUUAAAUGAUUAAUUAAGAUACCUUGCAUUUUUUUUUUAUCUUAAAUAUAAGCUGUUGAAUUCCUCUAGUGAACAUAUUGUAGAUUAUAAUCCAAGAUAUAUGUAGAAGUAUUUUCAUUUUAUUUUACUCGGUAUUAUUUCAACCAAUACAGUAUUAAUUGAGGAUACAAAUUGAAAAAUAAAAUUUUUUGUUAGCUACAUACAAUAGACUACAUUCAACGCUGGAUGUAUCAAUGUAGACGUGUGAACAGAAAAAUGAAAGUUAUUCAUUUAUUACGAUAUUACUCGAGGAUGUUGUUUCUUCGUAUACGUCGAACAAAUUAGUAUCUGUCAAUCAACUCUGACGGAUACGGGAAAUUUUUUAUGUAACUUUUAUAUGGCAUAGAGGGAAGCCGAUGGACUGGAGAAAUGACGAGUCCGACCAUUCAAGUGUGGAAAAUUUUACAUGGGAUGAGAAAAACCUCUUGACGAAGACCAAAAGCGAUGUAAGUGUAACUGGUGCGGUUGGAUGUAACGUCUGUUGUCAAGGAGUACAGGCGAACUUCGGUAUUUGUAAAGAAUCAAGAAGCUUUACGUCGGCCUUCGAACGCUUGGAACUGGAGGCGGAAAUUGAAUGUAGAAACGAGACGAUACCGCUUCGACGAACGAGCGACGCUCAGACUGAACCACUUGAUGAUAUCAAACAAGAAUUAUAUGAUUUUGAUGCUAGAGAUAUUUUACCUUGUCGACAAGCUCUUCAACAUUCGGAUAUUUUGAAUUUCCAAGGCGUUAGAUAUCCGUCCGAAGAUAUAGCUCGUUAUUGGAAGAAAGACUCGCGAAUGUGGCUUUGGAAAUCUGUUAGACUGAUGCGCAGACAAAACGAAUGUAAAUCUUCGAGUAACGCGUGCGCGACAGAUAAUGAAAAUGAAGAAAAAGAUUAAUCUG